AUGAGGCAGCGUCGCCACCCCGGCCAUCGAUGGCACCCACUGGAGCUGGAGAAAGGGGGUUCUGCUCCUGGAACGAAGAUCAAGGGCAAGUCCAAGACCAAGAGCGUGUGCCACCUUCUAGCGCCGUCGGCAGCAUCGGCAGCAGCAUCGGCACCGGUAGCAACGGCUUCUCCAGCGGCAGGAUCAAGGAGUAAAAGGCCUUCAUCUCAAAGUAUUAGCUCUAAUGGAACUUGUGAAAGUCCAGCUACAGCAGUAUCAGUAGCAGCAUCAGUGAUGGGUUCUUCUGCUCCAAAUGUUGACACCAUAUGCAGUGGCAGUGGCGCUGGCGCACCAGCAACAACCACAACUCCAGCGACCACAACUCCAAUUAGUGUCGAUGAUGAUGACCAGGAUGACAAGGAUGAAGAGCAGGCUCACCUUUCUGGCAAGAGGUUCAAGAAAUGCACAUCGUCUGUCUGGAAGUAUUUCACCAAGAAAAAGGAGGUUGUAGAGGUGGAGGGAAAGCAGUUUGAGCAGCUGUGGGGAUACUGCAAUUUCGCUAACUGCAAUCAGAGGUACAGAGCUGAGGGCGUAUCAACAGUAGCAUCCGAGUCUACUUUUAGUGCUGUUGGUCGUGUUGUUGAUCCCUAUCGUAGUCGUCUUGAUCCUGAGAUGGUACAGUCAUUAAUUUGCACAAAGGAUUGGGUUGCUGCAGCAAGAAAAGAUUCUAAAAUGGUUGGAUCAAUUGUGAGUGAUCUUGAGGUUGAGGCUUUGGCUAAUGUUGUGGCUAAACUGAAAAUUGAGGAAAAGGACAAGGAGGGGAUGAGGAAGCAAAAGACAUGGAAAGUGAUCCUGAGCUCAUGA